UCCGUGUGUGUGUGCUACUGGAGCCAGCGGUGUCUGACAAAGGAGGGGCGACUCCGUGAAAUAUGUAUGAGGAAAUCCACACCUGUUUCCAGGUAACCCAGGCAGGCGUCCUCAACCGUGACGCUCUCUCGCUCGGUUAUUACUCACUGAGUGUGUGUGUGUGUGUGUGAGACCAAGUAGGUACAGUACAGACGCAGUUGCAGGUUCGCUGGCUAUCUUAAUGCUUUGCUCUCGGCCUCCCUCCCGCUGGCUGUCUGCUCCCUGACCAUUGGGUGAAGCGGGAAAAGGAGGAAAAAGAGGACCGCGUUGAGUGAAGCCACACAACAGGAAGUCUCGUCGACGCGCAGGCGGCAUCGCAGCAGCGUCCAGCCGAGGGCAGCAUGAAUCCUUUCUGGAGGCUUUGCAAGAGCAAAGUCAUGAAGACGUUCAACCUGGAGUACGCGGACGACUUGGCUGAAGAGGUGAGUGAGGUGGAUGCAGACGUGAUGAGUUCAGUCCAGCAAGACGAAGGCCAGAAUGUCGUCUCCCAGCUGACCCGCAAAAUGCAGGGAGCAGGGACCAAGAGCUGGAACAGACUGUCAGCUCUCUUCAAUAAAGAAGACCAGCACCAACUAUUGCAAGAGACGCCAAUCGCUGACCAUCCACUUGCAGUCAAGCCAGAGGAACCUUCCAGGCCCGCACGCCGCAGUGGAUUCUGGGAUAGCUUCGCCGCCAACUGGGCUGCCAGGAAGCAGGCGGAGGCCGCCGCCGCCGCCGACCGCGAGAGGACCGAGGACGACGAGGGGGUGACGGCGGCGCCCGAGGAGGAGGAGGAGGAAGAGCAAUCCGCGUCGGCGGGGCCUUCCGAGGCGGCGGAGACGGACGGCAUUGAGGAGGCGGAGCCACGGGAGAGCGACGGCAACAACGGCUUCUCCAAAUACAUCACGCUGGGAGGAGGAGCGGGCGGCGACGAUGACGCGGCUUUCAAGUGGGACUUUGUCACCAGCAAACUGGCCGAGUUGAGGAGGGCCAGCCUGGCCAAGAGCGACUAAGAAAAACAUCCAUGAAAUUCACCCCUCGCUCGGGAAUUUCAGGUAUUACUGCAGGUAAGAAAGAAAUCAGAAUGCGGGUAACCGGAACGGUGGACGAAUUCAACCUCUUGCUGAACUAAGUAGCGUCGGCAUCUUUCCGCCAUCCUAACAGCAACUCUCUGGGAUUGUUUGAGAUUUUUUUUCUUUCUUUGAUUGUGUGGUGUAUGUUGGAUUGUGCCGUUUGAUUUUUCUUUGAAUGCUGCAAUUGAAAUGUUUCGACCAAAUAGCAGUGCUGAUACAUGAAGGACUAAAAUCAUACUAAUAAAGACAACUGCUCGACA